AUGGUACGAGAAGGCGACCAGGACCUAGACUUGGAGAUGAGCUCCAAUGUGAGCGCUUGCACUUCGACUUUUCACUUGGAGGACUCCAGCUUCGAAAGCAUAGACAAGGAGUUCUUAUAUUCACAUACGAUGCCCAUCAACAAGAAUGACUCUAAACGGCCCCAUCACCAAUCUGAAUCCGUUUACAAUAUGGACCAGGAAAAGACGCCCAAGCGGCCGGACCAGUCUAGCUCAACGCUCGACAAGCCGAAAGAGCUCUUAGACCCGGCCGCCGCCACCUGGCGUGAUCUUUUCAACUUCUUCAGCCCACGGCACUUGGUAGUGUUGAUAACCGCCCUAUUCUCCUCUGCCAUUGCCGUGGGUGCAGACAUUGCGGGUGUCAUCAUCUUUGGAAACGUAUUUCAAGAGCUUACGAGCUAUGCGGCGAGGCAGCUCGGCUCCGAGGAGACGCGACAAAAUGUCAACUUUUGGGUUAGCAUCAUUGCCGUGCUGGCCGUCACGCACCUCAUCGCGGCAGCUACGCAGAUGCGAUCUUGGAUCAAGCAUGGUGAGAUGCAAGCCCGUAGCGCCAGAUUGGAGCUAUUUCGGCGCAUGUUGUCCAAGCAGAUGGGCUGGUUCGACUCGAAUAAAGAUGGUAUGCCAGCAAUGAUGACUGCGUUCCAGCGCAAUAUCCGCGAGCUUCAAAUAGCCACUAGCCAGACAUUGGGCUUCAUCGGCCAUGACUUUAUGCUUUCUAUCGCCGGUAUGAUUGUGGCCUUCAAGUACGGCCCGCUGAUGACGCUCGUCAUCACCGCCUCAGUCCCCAUUGCCAUGUUCAUCAUGCGAGCCCUCAGCCAAAUGCUCGAAAAGGCGAUCCGGGCCCAGAAGGAGAAGCAAGCAGUCGCCACCAAGCUAUCGGCCGCAGCCAUUACGGGUAUCGACCUGGUCAAAGUUUACAACUCCCACGAACAUGAGCUUCACAACUUCCGGCUCGCCGCUAGGGAGGCGGGCAAGCACGCACGCGUCCAGACGAUGUGGAACGCCCUGCAGGCAGCAUUUAUCAAGAUCUACAUGGCAGUCGUUUUUCUGUCUGGCUUCUUCUUUGGUAUAUACCAGGUAGACCAGGGUAACAUGAGUGCCGGCGACGUCAUCACCACAUUUUAUGCCGCGCUCAGCACUUUUCAGGGAGUCCAAGGCUUGGGUCCGCACAUAUUGAACCUCGUCAGGGGUAUGCAGGCCGGCAAGGCGCUCAAGUCGGUGGUUUUUGAUAGAGUUGUGGAAAUGGGUGGCGGUCGAAAGCCUAGAGUGUUUGAAGGGAGGGUCGAAGUCAAGAGUGUUAGCUUUGCCUACCCUUCAAGUCCGGCGGUACAGGUCUUGAAACAGACAUCAAUGACCUUCAAGCCCGGAAAAAUGACCUUUCUCGUCGGGCGGAGUGGCUCUGGCAAAAGUAGCAUCACCAAUCUGUUGGUCAAAUUCUAUGAGCCCCUGAGUGGUGAAAUACUCCUGGAUGAGCAUCCCCUUCAGACCCUCGACUCCGAGUGGGUCCGAAAGAACGUCACUCUUGUGCAGCAGCAGAGCACUCUCUUCAGCGACACUCUUUACGCAAACAUUACCAUGAACUCCGACAACGUCAGCCGGGACAAGGUCAAAGCAGCCUGCGAGAUGGCGCUGCUCCAGUCAACCAUUGCGAGUCUGCCUCAGGGGCUAGACACGCUCGUCGGCCCAGGUGGACAGAGCCUGAGCGGCGGGCAAAGACAGAGGGUGGCUCUGGCACGUGCACGUCUUCGUGAUACCCCCGUACUGAUAUUAGACGAGGUUACCAGUGGCUUGGAUCCCAAGUCGAAGUUGAUGAUCAUGGACGCAAUACGAUAUUGGCGCAGUGGCAGGACAACAAUAGUCAUUACUCAUGACAUCUCUCAAGUUGGGGAUGAUGAUUACGUCUAUGUCAUGGACAAGGCCGAGGUUCGCGAAGAGGGACUCUGCAAACAACUCCAGAGCAAUCGAGAUGGCUACUUUUUGCAGCUGCGGGCCUUGGCCGAGUCAGGGGCUGAUUCUAGCAGCCAAGACGGGGCCAUGACCCCAGAUGAUGAUUUGUCCAGCCUAAGCUCAUCCGAGGACGAGCCCGAUGCGGAUAUGAGUGGCAAGUCGUUUUACAUCCCUGAGCCAAAGACUACUUCCUCCCUUGGUGCCCUGGGUAGGAUGUCUUUUGUCCCCAUCCCAGGCACAAACGCUGCCAUAUACCCGACACCAAACCAGCCGGGAUCCGAUGCCUAUCUACAACUACAUCAAAGCCCUCGCCAUAGGCACCGCGAACAAGUUCGACCAAACUAUCGGCAAGACGGGGAGGUAGCCAAGCCGCGAAGAGGCAGUAUCGACUUCAUCCAGGCGCGUGGCCUCUCAGCCCUUGCAAACAGAUCGCCUGCAAAGCGUUCCGUGCCUCAAGGUAGUGGCAUUGGUGAUGUUUUGAGACGGCUGUCGACAAGAUCAUCUCCUAUAGAAGACGUAGAGAUGUCCCCUGUCAGAGAGAAUAAAAAGGGAGUGAAGGGAGUGAUGAGGAAAAAGAUGAAAAACGUAAUGGGGAAAGGGGCGAGGGGUGGGAAGAGAGGAAUGAAGGACGGUACCAACGAGGAGGCGAAGGAGGAGACUACCAGCACGACAGAACAGAUGUCGACAUAUCAGAUAUUAAAGACUGUUUGGCCGGCACUCGACGCCAAACACCGCCUCUACGCCGUUGUAGCACUCUUUUGGUGCAUAGUAGCAGCCGGUUGCAGCCCCGUCUUUGCCUUUGUCUUCUCGAACCUACUUCAGGCAUUUUGGGCGCAGGGAAGCAAGCUGGAGGCCGGGACCAAGUGGGCCAUCGUUCUCGGCUGCGUCGGCAUCCUCGACUUUACUGCCGUCUUCUUCACGUUCUCCCUCGCCGGUGCCGUCGCACAGGAGUGGGUCGACACGCUCAAGGUCGAUGCCUUCUUUAGCAUCCUCUGUCAGCCGCGGGCGUGGCACGACCGAAGCAAAAACUCGGCCGCUCGCGUCUGUGAUGUCCUGGAUCGCGGCGCCGACGAGAUGCGGACGAUUGUGGCCCAGUUCGCACCUAUUACCCUUACUGUCAUCAUCAUGAUUAGCUCGGCCAUCAUCUGGGCCAUGGCGAUCCUGUGGCAGCUGACGUUGGUUGCGCUGGCCGUCUUCCCCUUCGUUGGCCUCUGCAUCUUCUCCUCCACCCGGACUAGCGAGAAGUGGGAGGCCCUGUCCAACGAAUCCUCCGAGGCUACAGGAAGUAUCCUUUCCUCUGUGGUCUCCGAUAUCCGGGUUGUUCGUGCUUUUCUCCUGGAGAAGUUCUUUGGCGACCGUUUCGAAGCUGCCGUCGAGCGGGCAUUUACUAUUGGCAAAAAACGCGGGCUGUAUACCGGAAUCUGGUCUGGCAUCCACUGCUCCAUCUCACAGUGGCUAGUUGUUGUUAUAUUCACCUUUGGAGUGUUUCUCCUCACCACAGUGGAGACUGUCAACGUCGGCGACAUCAUACAGGUUGUCAACUUGUUGAUGUUCACCGUCGGUAGCGCCACCAUGAUGAUGUCUAAUAUCCCUCAGAUCGCAGCUGCCCAGGCAAAGGCGACUCAGAUGUUGCAUUUGGCACAGAUGCCGCGCGGGCAUUCGGAGCAGCAGGAGCUGGGCAAGAAGAGGAUCCUCGCGCCCUUCCCCAUCGUCUUCAACAAGUUGCGUUUUGCGUACCCUGGAAGAGACCAGCAGGUUCUGCGAAACGUCAGCCUCUCCAUUCCGAGCGAGGGUUGUACGGCAAUAGUGGGUGGGUCGGGCUGUGGCAAGAGUACCAUCGCGGCUUUGAUCUUAGGGCUUUAUGAGCCGCUCUGUGACGACGACAGGAGUCCCGUCGGUGGCGCUUCUCCCAAGGCGUUUCGAAAAGGCAACUUCGAGGUAGCCUCUCCGGUAUCCUAUCCUCUCGGGCCAGUGGCAUCCUCUCCUCUCCCGUCAUUGGUAUACUCCCUUCCCCAAGGCGUCAUGAGAGCUGGUUCCUAUCGCAGGAGCGGUGAGCUUGGUGCGCUCACAUAUGCGGGCUUCGAUUCCCGCGAGAUCUCAACCAAAGCCCUACGUAGCAUGAUGGCAUAUGUACCACAACACCCAUUCCUAUUUCCCGGCACCAUCCAAGGCAACAUCGCAUACGGCCUUCCAGAGGACGAGAUAGUACUCCGAGGACAGCACAACAUCGAGCUGGCAGCCCGCGAGGCAGAUAUCCACGAAUUUAUCAUUUCGCUGCCUCAGGGAUAUGAAACCCUCGUAGGUGAUGGUGGGGUGGCAUUAUCGGGAGGCCAGGCGCAAAGGCUAUGCAUCGCGAGAGCCCUCGCCAGACGACCAAAACUGCUGGUUCUCGACGAACCAACCAGCGCGCUCGACGCCGAGAGCGGCCAGUCGGUCAUGGACACGUUGAGGACUCUAGUCUGCCGGCGGGAUGGUGGUCUCAGCGCCGCCGCCUCCCCCCUGCUGAGAAGAGGGGAUGGCACUCUCAGCCCCUACAGCCCACAGCACCCCGACCCGUAUAACUGGGAGGGAAAUUUCUUCCGCAAGAGUGAGGGCAGGCCCUUCAGCUACGUCCACGGAGCGGGCGCCAGCGCACAGCACCGGGCGCCGGCCGUGGUGGUCAUCACGCACUCGCGCGAGAUGAUGAAGAUGGCGGACCGGCUCGUCGUCAUCGACAACGGCUGCGUGGCCGAGACGGGAACUUAUGAGUACCUCAUGGCGGUGGGUGACAGUCGGCUCGCGGAGCUGCUCGACGGGGCAUAUCGUUCGCCGGCGGCCAAGAGCAGCGGCGUGCCGAGGGAAAAGACUACGAGCUUGGAGCCGGUGCCGGUCUCGCCCAGGACGUUGACAAGGGUGGUCUCACCUUCGCCGGAGCAGUAUCGUCGGAACAAUCAUUCGAGCCCGGGAGGUAUCCCGCAAAGGCAGCAGAGACCCGGGAGAAAUAUAGAGGACAUGUUUUUGCCGCAGGUGGACUGGCAAGGCGAUAGAAGGUGA